GUACGAAGCCGACGCCGUGGGACUGGUUGACUACGCCGCGGCUACCGCGGGCGGGAAGGUCCUUCCCUCCCUCUCUUCGGCCACCUACACCCCUCCCGGACAACUUCUGAGCACAGACACCUUCCACGCCUGGGGCUUCAAGGCGGAGAUUGGCACCCGCGACCUGGUCAUCCGCGCUGGGCACAAGCGUCCCGGGCAAUGUUGGCCCAUGGCAGGGAGCAGGGGGCAGGUGACGGUGCAGCUCCUCCAGGCGGUUCGGCCGUUUUCGGUGUCGCUCGAGCACAUUCCCCCCGAAAUCUCCCAGCUUCCUUCAACGGCCCCGCAACGGUUCCGUGUGCUCGGGCGGAAGGUGGGCC